AACCACAGUAGAUGGGGAAUUUCAUCAAGUUCUGACUGCUCGUUCUGCUUACACCCUGAAUCACUUCUGCACGUUGUUGCCAGUUGUCAACAUUACUUGGAACGAUUUACUUGGAGACACGAUUGCAUACUAAAGUUUCUUGCAAAAACCUUUCAAAGUUUAAACGAAUGCAAAUUACUUGUUGAUCUUCCUGGAUUUGAAAACCCCUCGAUUAUUACGGGUGAUGAAUAUCGUCCUGAUUUACUUGUCUCCACUUCAGACAAACACCUCUACGUUGUUGAACUUACCGUAGGCUUUGAAUCAAACCUCACAAACAAUGUUAACCGCGAGAAAGCUAAAUAUAAGAACCUAAUUAGAGAACUAGAUCAAAACUUUACAUGUGUUAAAUUUAUAAAUCUUUCAGUCAGUUCGCUAGGGGUGUUUGACAAAGAAUGCCAUACAUUUGUAAAAAUGCUAAAUGAGUUAGGACUGGAUAAUCAACACCAACAAUAUUGCAUCAGAAAAAUGAUAACUAUUGCCAUCCGAUCAACGUACUACAUAUUUUGCUGUAGAAAUAAAGAAUGGACAAAUCCCGCACUAAUGAACAUUUAA